AUAUAUGUAUAUAAUAGCGAGUAGCGACGGGCAACGAGCUGUCACAUUCACCGGUUCAGCAUGAAGAUAGCUAUUCAUCCAUUGACAGCUGAUCCUACGGCAGCCUGGCGCGAGUUAUCUCAGCAUCAGAAAGUUGUUAAAAUAAAUACUAAAUUGCCGACGACCGAGGCACCGAGCGACAAAUUGCGCGUAGUAUGCAUGAGCGACACGCAUUCCCUCACGCCGUUCAUAAAGUUUGACGUGCCCGCGGGAGACGUCUUCAUCCACGCUGGAGAUUUUACAAAAUGCGGUAGCCUGCAAGAGGUCGUAGAAUUCAAUAAUUGGAUAGGUAAAUUAUAUCGUAACUUGCCACACAAGCACAAAAUAGUUAUAGCUGGAAACCAUGAACUUAGCUUCGAUCCCACAUUCACGCAUCCCUUUUCUGUGCAUACCAGUGGAGAUCAUCAGAAACAUACAGGAACCAGCAUACUCGACAAUAUCCCUACCUUGGGUAUGUCCAAGGAUACUCUCGCAGAAGCUAUUAAAACUACUAAUGUUAAAGAUUAUUUGACAAAUUGUACAUAUCUUGAAGAUUCUGAGAUUACAUUACACGGAAUCAAGAUAUACGGUACUCCAUGGCAACCAGAGUUUUGUAAGUGGGCAUUUAACGUACCGCGUGGAGAAGCAUGCCUCUCAAAAUGGGAAAUGAUUCCAUCUGACACAGAUAUUCUCGUAACGCAUACUCCUCCUGUAGGUCACGGAGACCUGUGCUGCACUGGAGUACGAGCUGGAUGUGUCGAAUUAUUGUCGACGGUGCAGAACCGCGUGAAGCCCAAAUAUCAUGUAUUUGGUCACAUACACGAAGGAUAUGGCAUAUCUUCAGACGGCAAGAUAAUAUAUAUUAAUGCAUCAACAUGUGAUCUAAAUUAUCUGCCAAGUAAUCCACCGAUAGUAUUUGAUAUAACCCUUCCUCCCGGUACUAAAAAAUCUUAAACCUUUAAACGAAAUAGCAUCAAUGUAUAUUUCACUGCAUAAUACUACGUCAGAAAAUACUUUAAAAUCCUUCUUACGAGCUUAGAAAAACGAUUACGUGAUCGACUUAAAAUUAGAUAGUAAUCUCUUGCCUUAUUUUUUAAAUAUGUAUAAGCAUAUAGUAUAAGUAUUAAUUCGCCUUUCUUUUUUACACGAUUUGUAAUAUCUCAAUAAUAUUGAAUAAGAUAUAAUCUAAUUUGUAAUCUUUUUCCUAAAUAAAAAUAAAUUAUAUGUUAUAUUGUCCAUUUCUCGUGAUAAAUAUAAAUUAUAAAACUUUGGUCGUUUACGUUCAAUAAGAGAUUAUUUGAUAUUCCAUAAAUUCUGUUUUUGUUAAAGGAUGGAAUUAGUGAAAGAAUUUAUUAUUAAAAAUAUCGCAUUUUUGGGAUAUCCUCACACUUUACAGAUUUAUCAUUAAUAAAAAAAAUCACUUUUACUUUUUACAUACAUUUAUUGUAAUACCCACUCGAAUAACAAAUGGCACUUUCUUAUUAAGCAAAAAAAUUUGCAAUCAUCAUCAUAGUCAUAUCAAGCUAAAUUUGCAUGUUGACCGGAAGCUGUUUUAGUGAAUGAAAUCAGAGUUCGCAUAUUCAUCGAGUGUAAUAAAUUAUCUCGAUUUUAAUCUAAUUAUUAUUAUUAUAUUAAGUUGCUUGCAUUAAAAACAUGAUCAGUGCCAUUUUCCUAUCGUGUACAUUAUAAUCUCAAUACGCUGGACACAUUUUAAUACUAAACUACAAAAAU